AUGAAGUUUACAGUUAGCAUAACACUUUCAAAAAUGAAAUACAACCGUAAAUACUGCGGAGAUCUGAUGACCUUAGUUAAAAUCAGCAGUGUGUUUGUUGUGUAUAGGACACAUAACCAUACAUUAUUUACUCUUAGUGCAUUCACCAUGGACAAAUUACCAAUACUGCCAUUUGAAAUAGUUCUAUCAUAUCUUAACACCCUGGACAAACACAAUGCAAUAGUUGCAUUCAAUUAUGAUGUCACAGCACUCGGAAGUACUUUAAAUAGUAAAAUUUCGUUAGCUUUGGAGUAUCGCUUUCGACAAAACAUGAUCAACACUCUGAUUGGCAGAAGAAAAGCACUGGUUAAGGAAUUGGAUCUAACAGGAAUAUUUUGGAUCCCCAAACAUGUCAUUCUGAAGGCAUGUGCACAACUAGUCAACUUGGAAUACCUGUACCUGUUGGGAACAUCUGUGGCAGUUAAUACUAAUUUUAAAGAUUUUCAAGGAAUGCAAAAGAUUAAAUGUGUUGCAGUAGCAGUAAAUGAUAAGGACACAAUAACACAUUCCUUAUUGGAAAGGAGGAUAAUUCCUUAUUCCGAUCAAAUUUGUUUUGACAGUAUAGUGAAAAUAAAGUUACCAAUGUACAAUCAUCCAAUAUUCAUUGAAAAUUGGAUGGCUUUGCUUAAAGCUGGAGCAACAAUGGAGACAAUUCAUAGAGAUAUGGAAAAAUUGUACACAACAGUUACAUAUUCCGAUUUUAUGGUUGAAGAUGAGAAGCUAAAGGAGUAUUUAUAUGAACUACGCAACGUGAAAAUUUUGAAUGUGGAACAGUCCACACCUCCUCGUAUUGCAACGGUCAACUUGGAACCUAUAAAAUUCCUCGUGAAUUUAACUGCACUCUACAUUGAUGUCCAUUCAGCUGUAGGCAAUAUGUUUCUCAAGCCACUUCUUCAAUCAUGCAGAAACUUGACAAAGUUAAACAUAACGUGUUACAAUGCAACGUUUUCCUUUACACAUUUGAAAUACGCCAGCAACAGUUUGCGGGACUUAAGUGUUUGUAUGCGUAGCUCGGUGUACUUCAACAUGGAGAAAUUCUUUUUUGAUAUCAACCAACACUCGACGUUACACUUACGUCGCUUAUACUUGAGAUUCAAUCAAAUGAACGAUGCACGACCAGCGACACAUGCUGAGAUGUUGAAAUUUAUGCGACGCCAGGCACAACUUAUUUUUGUGUGCAUCGAGUGCACGGAUGUUGCAAGAAAGACGAUUCGUGAUAUAGGAUUAUUGCUAAGGUCCUUCAAGAAGGAACCGCAUCAAUUGUUUACUUGUAUACACCACACGAACUUGUGUAUUAAUGGUAUACCUUUACAGCAUGUUGACCUAGUACACAAUGCGUGUAGGGAAAAUAGAAUUUGACCACUACCUACAAA